ACGACACCAGCCUGGCGCGGGCGGCCGGUUUCAUCCGUAUUCCGUUCGUCUUUCGGUGCAAUAAUAAUAUUCUGUGCUUUUUGUAGUUCGGUUGACUCGUUGCUCGUUGUCAUUCAGUGAAAUUCACACGUUUUGGUCACAUCCACUUAUUCAAAAUUCGUUAUUUGUGAUAAUUUUUAAUAAUUUGCAGAUGUUACACCAAUAUCAAAAACCGGAACGUUUAAUUAAAGAAAAUCAGUAUUCACGAUGUGCGGCUGCGUGAGAGUUCUCCGCAUUGGCAAGCCGCUACCCAAGUCAUGGCAACGAAGGCUGUUCAGCUCGUCCUCAGCACCACCUCCCAUUCAAGGGGUUCCAUAUACUAAACUCAGUGUCGGAGUACCGAAGGAAAUAUGGCAGGAUGAGCGCAGGGUAGCAGUAGUACCAGCAGUAGUUAGCAAAUUAGUAAAAAAGGGAUUUAGUGUUAAUAUCGAAGAAAAUGCCGGUGUGCUAGCAAAUUUUCCAAACAAGACUUAUGAAGAAGCCGGCGCGAAAAUUACUAGUUUAAAGGACACCUAUCAAUCAAAUAUUAUUUUAAAAGUUCGACCGGUAGCUGAAAGUGAAUUACAAAAUGUAGCUGAAGAAUCUACGCUUAUAUCAUUCUUUUAUCCUGCGCAGAAUCAAAAUCUCAUUCAAAAAUUGGGUGCGAAAAAGAUAAACGCAUUUGCCAUGGAUUGUAUACCGCGUAUAAGUCGAGCACAGGUUUUCGAUGCUCUGAGUUCCAUGGCUAAUGUAUCUGGAUACCGUGCUGUUAUCGAGGCCGCCGCACACUUUCCGCGGUUCUUUUCAGGUCAGAUGACGGCAGCGGGUCGCGUGCCACCAUGCCGGGUGCUGGUGGUGGGUGGCGGCGUCGCCGGGCUGGCAGCGGCUGCGCAAGCUCGCUGCAUGGGAGCCGCAGUGCGUGCUUUCGACACGCGUCCCGCAGUUCGCGAGCAAAUCGAGAGUCUGGGGGCGCAGUUCAUUACUAUGGACAUCAAGGAAGAAGGGGCUGGCGCAGGCGGCUAUGCCAAAGAGAUGAGUGAGGAGUUCCUCAACGCUGAACGAGCAUUGCUGGGCAAGGAAGCCAGGACAUCAGAUGUAGUUAUUAGCACAGCACUCAUUCCGGGAAAACCCGCGCCUGUGCUUAUUUUAGAGGAUGCAGUGCGAAACAUGGCACCCGGCAGUGUUAUAGUAGAUCUGGCAGCUGAAAUGGGGGGCAAUGUGCAAACCACUACCAAGGGCAAAAUCACAAAGGUGUAUGACGUCACACAUAUCGGCUUAACAGACUUGCCGAGCAGGAUGCCCGCGCAUGCCUCGACCCUAUACGCGAAUAACAUAUCCGCCUUUUUGUUGAGUAUAGGCAAUAAUGAUCACUUUCACAUAAAUCUCGAGGACGAGGUAACUCGAGGCGCCAUAGUGCUUAAAGCCGGUGAACUAUUGUGGCCCGCACCGCCCGCACCCAGCAUGCCGCCCGCAGAGACUCCUGUGAAAGCCAACGCCGCUGCCAAACUUGAACCACCGAAUCCUUUCAACGAAACGCUAAAGGACACCUUCCUAUAUUCUACGGGUUUAGCUAGUUUAAUUGGACUUGGAAUAGCGUCUCCGAAUCCCGCAUUUACAACUAUGACAACUACUCUCGCAUUAUCGGGUGUGGUAGGUUAUCACACAGUAUGGGGUGUGGUGCCAGCUUUACACUCGCCUCUUAUGUCAGUAACGAAUGCGGUAUCAGGAAUUACAGCUGUCGGUGGAUUACUGCUUAUGGGCGGCGGUUACGUACCUGAGACCCCUGUACAGUGGUUAGCCAGUACUGCAGCACUCAUCUCAUUUGUUAACGUGUUCGGCGGAUUCUUAGUCACACAGCGUAUGUUGGAUAUGUUUAAGAGGCCAGGCGACCCACCAGAAUAUGGUUACCUCUACAGCAUUCCUGCCGCAGCUCUGCUUGGAGGAUACCUAACAACGGCAAUGCAGGGUUAUCCUGAAGUACAUCAGAUGGCAUACCUCGCUUCUUCGUUGUGCUGCGUCGGCGCUCUAGCCGGUCUCAGCUCACAGACCACUGCGCGUAAAGGAAACUACCUCGGAAUGAUUGGUGUUACGGGAGGAAUAGCAGCUACAUUGGGAAUGUUGACCCCCAACGCAGAGGUGUUGGCACAAAUGAUUGGUGUAGCUGGUAUAGGUGGUCUACUUGGAAGCGUUAUCGCUAAGAAGAUCGACAUAACCGACUUGCCUCAACUUGUAGCUGGUUUCCACAGCUUGGUAGGCAUGGCGGCAGUGUUAACGUGCAUAGCGACGUAUAUGCAUGAUUUCCCUGCCAUGGCGUUCGAUCCCACUGCGGCCACGCUCAAGACAUCACUCUUCCUGGGCACUUAUAUUGGUGGCAUCACAUUCACAGGGUCUCUAGUCGCCUACGGCAAGCUUCAAGGCGUGCUGUCAUCAGCCCCGUUGUUGCUGCCUGGUAGACACGCGAUCAACGCUGGGUUGCUGGCGGGUUCGCUAGGCUGCGGCGGUGCUCUGCUUGCGUUCCCAGAAGCACCUGGUCUGCCUUUACUUUCUGCUGCCGCCUUACUCAGUGGUAUCCAGGGACUGACUUUGACCGCUGCUAUUGGAGGUGCGGACAUGCCAGUAGUAAUAACAGUGCUGAACAGCUAUUCCGGUUGGGCUCUGUGUGCGGAAGGCUUCAUGCUCAAUAACUCUUUAAUGACUAUUGUUGGCGCGCUAAUCGGCAGCUCAGGAGCUAUCCUCUCUUACAUCAUGUGCAAGGCCAUGAACCGAUCAUUGCCGAACGUCAUCCUGGGUGGUUACGGUAUGGUCACUAGCGGUUCAGCGAGACCUUCGGGUGCUACUCACACGGAACUGAACGUGGACUCUGUCGCAGACCUCAUCCAUCGCGCCUCCUCCAUUAUCAUAACUCCUGGUUAUGGAUUGUGCGUGGCCAAAGCUCAGUACCCCAUCGCCGAAUUGGUAGACAUCCUUAAAGGAAUCGGCAAGAAAGUACGUUUUGCUAUCCAUCCUGUUGCAGGUCGCAUGCCGGGACAGUUGAACGUUUUGCUGGCUGAAGCAGGUGUGCCAUAUGACGACGUAUUGGAAAUGGAGGAGAUUAAUGAAGAGUUCCCCGAAACUGACCUUGUGCUUGUUAUUGGUGCUAACGAUACCGUGAACAGUGCUGCUGAAGACGAUCCCAGCUCCCCGAUUGCUGGCAUGCCUGUCCUUAAAGUGUGGAAGGCCGAUCAAGUGGUAGUCAUGAAGAGGUCGAUGGGAGUCGGCUACGCUGCGGUGGAUAAUCCCAUCUUCUACAAUUCGAAUACCGCCAUGUUGCUAGGAGACGCCAAGAAGACAUGCGAUGCACUCCUCGAGGCAAACAACAAUAAAAUGGCCACAAACAGUAAAUUCGCUCUUCCAGUGAGUCGGGAAGAAGAUCCGGGUGUGCUCUCUGUAAUUUAUAGAUUCUUCAAAAAGGUCUCUAUAGUAGGUGCAGUUUAUUUAGUGGGCUACAUGCAAUGGAGUGUUGCAUGGUUGAUAGGCCCCGUAAUUCUCUCAGUGAUGCGCGACCAAUGGCGCAAAGAGAGCGAAUAUCGCCGCAACCUCGCCAAAACUGCCGCCGUGUCUUCAGAAAAGGAUAUUGUUCUUGCACGAUUAGAUGAUCUACCUGCUUGGGUGUUCUUUCCUGAUGUCGAAAGAGCAGAAUGGCUGAAUAGAAUUUUACUUCAAGUAUGGCCUAAUGUUAACCAUUACGCAAGAACUCUCCUAAAGGAAUCUAUAGAACCAGCGGUAGCAGAGAGUUUGGCAAAUUAUAAGCUAAAUGGAUUUAAAUUCGAGCGAAUGAUCUUGGGUACUAUUGCGCCGCGCGUUGGAGGCGUCAAAGUCUACGAUAAGAACCUUUCGAGGGAUGAGAUCAUCAUGGAUGUAAACUUAUUCUAUGCAGGGGACUGUGAUAUAUCGUUCAUACUUCAAAGAAUUCGGGGAGGCAUUAAAGAUCUUCAGAUACACGGUAUGUUGCGCGUGGUGAUGAAACCUUUGAUCAGUAAAAUUCCACUGGUGGGCGGACUUCAGUUGUUCUUCCUUAACAACCCUUCAAUCGACUUCAACCUUGUCGGCGCUGCGGAUGUUCUGGACAUGCCUGGCUUUAGCGACAUACUGCGCCGGUGCAUUGUUGAGCAAGUAGCGAAGAUGAUGGUGCUGCCAAAUAAGUUGCCCAUAAAACUGAGCGACGAAAUCCCAACGGUAGAUCUACGCAUGCCGGAACCGGAAGGUGUACUCAGGAUUCAUUUGGUGCAAGCUCAGAAUCUCAUGAGAAAAGAUGUAUCCAUGUUGGGUAAGGGUAAGUCUGACCCCUAUGCGAUCAUAACAGUAGGCGCCCAACAAUGGAAGACCAAACAUAUCGACAAUAACAUCAAUCCGAAAUGGGAAUUCUGGUGUGAGGCGCGUAUAAUGCAAUCGCUGGGUCAAGCGUUGGAAAUAGAAGUGUUCGACAAGGAUGAGGGCAACGACGAUGACAAGCUCGGCAGUUCAAGAAAGGGUCAGGUGAUGCAGUGCGAGGUGUGGGACUGGGACCCGGGAAUGGGCAUUGAGAAUGAUGACUAUCUCGGCAGGUCCUCUGUGCUACGCCAGAGCGUGACGAGCGCUACCGUUCAACUUUUCGACUGGGACCGGGCGGGGAAGGAUGAGAAACUGGGCAGAUGCACUUUAGACAUCUCUCAAGUUGUUCGCGCCGGCCGUCUUGAUACGUGGCAAACGCUUCAGCAAGCGAAAACAGGAAAAGUGCAUUUGCGUCUAUCGUGGCACAGAUUAUCUACUGAUUUACUGGACCUAAGUCACGCUAUUACAGAGACACAGCUAGUGAAGAACGCAGAACUUAGUUCGGCUGUCGUAUCUGUCUACAUCGAUUCUUGUAAGAAUUUACCGAAUGCACGCGCACAAUCUCGCCCGGACCCAUAUCUCACAGUAACGGUGGGCAAAAAAACUGAGAACACAGCAGUGCAGAUGCGAACCGAUAGCCCCGUCUACGAGAUAGGCUAUUCGUUCCUGGUUCAGAAUCCAGAAAUUGAUGUGCUGGAUAUAAAGGUUAUGGAUCAAAAAACAGGCAAUCAACUCGGACAGCUAACGUACGGAAUAUCCACAUUGUUAAAACAAAACAAUCUAAUAAUGCUGAAUCAACCGAUGAACUUACAAAAAUCUGGCCCUGAAUCCAAAAUCAUCUUAGCCAUGCAAUUAAAGAUACUUAAAGAAGCAAUUAGAGAAGAGGACAUCGACGAGGAGUCGCCAUCCUUACCCGCUGAGCCGGAAACCCAGCCUCCCAACCCCAAGCCCAUCGAGACCACAGAUGGACCUGCGAAUGUACCUUCAAAUGUUCCAACACCGCCUGGUAUGGCAUAUCUUGCGAAUAACACAGAAAAUUCGAAAAAUUCAGAACUAAAGAACUUAGAUGAUUCUAUUCCAUCGACUACAACUUCUGAUGGCACAUCGGAUAAAUCCAUCCCAGUGGAACAAAUUAUAAAAGAAGUUGAUGUGCCUCAGGAAAAUCAAAUGCCACCUACGCACGAUUCGCCGAAGUUAGUUCACAGAGUCUCCUCAUUGACCACAUCGGCGGGUGAGGCAGGCCUUGGUCGUAUCCUAUUAUCUCUACGUUAUAGCAUGCAAAAUCAAAUUCUGUAUGUGGUUGUACAUAAAAUAAUGAAUAUACCUCUAAAGGACCCAACCAAUGUGCCUGAUCCUUAUGUUAAGCUUUAUUUACUUCCCGGCCGUUCUAAGGACUCCAAACGUAAGACUGUGGUGGUAAAGGACAACUGUAUGCCAGAGUAUGACGAGCAGUUCGAAUGGGCUAUCCCGCUUGCAGAGCUACACUCGCGCCAAGUGGAAGUCACUGUCGCAACUCACAAGGGCUUCCUCGGUGGAAGUCCCGUCAUUGGACAGGUACUUGUGCAUCUGAACGAAUACGAUUUCCGUGAAGCGAAAACAUUGUGGUUUGAUCUUCUGCCUGAAUCCUCACCAAGAGAGUAGAAAAAAGAGCACAGUUAUAAAGAGUAAUAAUGCUGUAAUACUAUUCAAAGAACUGUUGUGAAAUGUGUUUAUUUUUAUAUUCUCAAUUUUUUAUUAUUUAAUGCCACCAAUUACAUGUAUCAUUGAUCUGUACGAUAAAAUAAUAAAAAAAAAAAAUCUAUGCUAUUUAUAAUUAAAUAUUAUUUAACUUUAUUUUUUAAACACAAUAACAAUGAGGCGUACGAGUAGUGGGGUACACUUCUAUUUUUAGAGUUCCGUAGUCUAAUAACGAACUUCUUAAUAUCAACGUGUAUCACAGUCAGUCUGUAUGGCACACCCACUUUGUUCUUAUUUCAAUUAUUAUUGAUGGGUUAAAAUCCAAAAUUAGUUUUUGUAUGAAUGUCAGAAUUGUAAUCUCAUAUAGGAACGAAGAACUAUGUCUCGUGCACUUAUUACAAGUUUAUGGCACUUUGCGAUAAGUGGCCAGUAUUAAUUUCAGAUUAGUCUUUUUUUUUAUUACUAAUAGAAAUUAAUUAUGAUACGCAAUUUCUUAUGAUAAUGUAACUUAAAUACCAUCCUGCUAAUGUAUAUGUAUACCUACGUUUUGUGUUGUUGGUGAAUGCACAAUAGUUGUUUAUAUGAAUGUUUAUUGUUUCCUGAAUGUUAUCAAUGUUGUCAAUGUUAUUAUGAAUACUAUAUAACAAUGUCUAGCAAAAUUCUAAAUUGUUACUUAAAAUGAAAUGAACUUAAUUUCAGCUUAUGAAUUUUUGA